CCUAAAUCUUCCAUCCUUUAGUUCAUUUGAUUAAGGCGUUAAUCCAUUAACCUAAAUCAUGAAUCAUUCGCAAAAUUCUAUCAAUUUGGAUGAUGCAAAACAGAGAUGCAGCGAGAGGAUGAAGAAACUGAAGAACACACAAUUCUCAAGUCAACAAGGUGCAGCAGCUUCACAACCGAGACCACUGCUGCACAAGGAACUUGUUGGGGAGAAAAAAGUUAUGAAUUCUGAGUUUAAUGAAGCUGUUGAAAAAGGAGAUAUGGAUAACUUUGUUAACGUGUUGGAGCAAGUUUGUAGAGAAAGGAACCUACCUUUGUCUGCUGUUUUUGAUCAAGUCACCUGGACUGGUGAUUCGUUGCUUCAUGUGGCAGCAGAUAAGGGGAAACAAGAUAUUGUAGAGCUGAUUGCUGAUCACUUUCAAGAGCUUCUUAUUAGAAGAAACGCUAGAGGUGAUACUGCACUUCAUGUUGCUGUGAGGUGUAUGAACUCCAAUAUAGUCAAGUUCAUUCUCAACAAAGAUAAAAAGCUAGCAAAAGAAAAGAAUCAAUAUGGGAACACUCCUUUGCACGAGGCUGUCUACAGUGAGCAUGUUGAUGUGGUUAAUCAGAUUUUACUUGCCGAUAAGGAUGUGGUUCAUUCUUUGAACAAGUCAAACCAAUCACCGUUAUAUUUGGCAGUUGCGAAUGGGAACUUGGAAAUUCUUAAUCUUCUAUUGGAUGUUCCAUUACCUUCAGAUCUUCCACGGUGCCUUGGAAACUCUCCACUUCAUGCAGCCAUACUGGAACGGAAGCCUGAUCUAAUAAAACAUAUACUAGUGGAAAGACCUGAGCUAGUUUAUUUAAGGGAUGAAGAUGGAGGUACUCCCCUGCAUUAUGCAGCUUACAUUGGUUAUGGUCAAGGAUUUCAUAUACUCUUAGAAAAUUCAUCAAAAAACUCAUGAAAUUGUCUUGGAAGCGAACAAGAAAGGUCAUCUUCCUAUUCACCUUGCUGGCAAAAGAGGUCAUGUUGAGGUUGUCCAAAAUUUCCUUCAACGUGACUGGAAUAUUAAUCCUUUUGUUCUCCUGAAUCAAAAGGGUCAAAACAUUCUUCACGUUGCUGCAAAGAAUGGAAGAAGUGAUGUGGUGCGAUGCCUAAUGAAAAAUUGGAAGAUUGAUCAAUCUACUAUAAACCAGAAAGACUGUGAUGGGAACACACCGUUGCAUUUGGCUUCAAAAAAUUUAUUUCCUAAAGUUUUGUACUUUAUUACACAAGAUAGGAGGACUAAUAUGAAUCUCUUGAAUAACAACGGGUUAACAGCUCGAGAUAUCGUUAACAACAAUCAACUGGCGAUUCGAAAGUUUCUAGCCAAUCGAGUGUUAAAAGAAGCUGGUGUCCCCUUGAAAGUAAAAGAUAUGUUGCGUUCUCAACAUAAACAAUCACCCAGAACAGAAUUGAGCUUAAAAGAUCUCCUGACCACAUUUUUAGUUGUGGCCACAUUGAUGGUAACUGUGACAUUUGCAGCUGCUUUCACUAUGCCAGGAGGUGUAUACGGUCCUGAUGAUCCAAACCCAAAAAAUAGAGGGACAGCAAUUUUCGCUCAUAAACCGUUAUUCUGGGUAUUCACCAUCUUCAACAUAAUAGCUAUGUAUAGCUCUGUCAUUGCAUGUGGACUUAUGUUGUUGGCUUUUGUUUUUGAUCAUAAAUUGGCAACACAAGCAACUACGAUUGCAAUGGGUGGUUUGGUUCUUGCUUUUUUGACAGUGCCGGUGGCAUUUAUGGCGGCUGUACGUCUAGUUGUGGCCAAUAACUUUACACUUGCCCUUAUUAUAACUGUUAUUGGAGUCCUGUACAGUUCCAUCAUCUUGUUGUGUUUGGUUUUUGGUUUUUUUCCAAUUGGAUAUAGCCCUCCUCAAGUUGCUAAACUCGUUCUUCGGAUUUUAAUUACAUUAAUAAACUAUGAUGAUAAGCCUAGAGAUUCAGUUUCUCAGAAAGAGGACAAAAUGAGGAAGGACAAUUAACUAGAGGAGCAUGUGUAAUAAGGAGAUUAAACCACAUGCUAGUGUUUAUUGUAUUGCUUUUACAUGCACACAAUGGUAAGGAGAAUAAAAAUUAAAAUUUCAGCUUUGUUGUGUUUA